CAUUCACAGAUUCACUUUGUUCGUGUUCCUCUUCCACUUUCUCACCCUCUUCCUCCUCCCUCCUCAUCUUCCUCUCUCCCCGACUUCACCUCGCUCCCCUCCAUCCGUCUCUCUUCUUCUCUGUGUUUCAGGUCAAUGAGAGGCAGCAACAGCUCGCUGCGAAGAGCAAAUCCUCCCUCUCCUCUCUUCUCCACCAUGAUCUCCUCUCUUCCAUACGUUAGCCUUCUUAUUUAGCAGCGCUGCUUUCCUCCUCCUCCUCUUCUUUCUCCUCCUCUUCUUUCUCUCUUGCCCUUCUCUUUCUCUCAGUUUUGACUCUUGAUUUUUCCUUUUUUUAAUUUUUUUUUUCCCGUCAAACACACGCACACACACUCUUGUGAGAUGAAGCGUGGGUCGAGUUUGUUGCAGCCUCCCUCUGAUGCAGCCAAACGACACACACACCCCGCACUGACAAAGACACACUCCAGUGAUGAGGCUUUGUCGAUGAGUGUGUGUGGCGCGCGCACCGCGGGUUCGAGUCCCUUCCCAGCAGCCACCUCUCUGUUCAGCCCUGAUGUCAGCACCAAGAUGGCGUCUGACCUCCUCAUCAGGCUUUCAGAGGCCACCCAGAAGGCCCAGAUGCAUCCUGGGAGCCAGGAGGAGGCGGAGCAGCAGGACGAACCCGGCGUCGCCCUGUCACCGGACGGUCCCGGUGCGAGUCCCGAGCCGCCGUCGCUGACCCACACCCCGGAGGGAAACGCCGUCACAGACACCCUGACCUCAGACACCCUGGCCUCAGACCUGCUCAGGAAACUGGCAGAGCGCCAGGAUGUCAGCGGCCACAUGUUGAGGCUCAAAGAGGAAGAGGAGCCUCUGGAGGUCGACGCCAUGACCCCAAGUCAGCCGGCCGUCAAGGAGACGACUCAUUCCACCUUAAGGAUGACGAACCACCAUCUUUUCAAUGUGAAGCCAGAAAACCAGUUCCUCACCAGGAAUAACCCAGCUGACCAGUUGCACCCUGGACCCAAUAUGGUGGACCAGUACAGCUUUGGGCUUAACGCAGCAGAUGGAUUUUCUUCCUCUCACCCAGCAGACUGCUUCUUGAACACAUCAAACGGUUUUCAGUUUCAGGUGAAACUGGAGGAUUGUUCAGCUCCUGAUACCGCAGUCGAGGACCUCCUUCAUCCCAGAGCCAAGAUGGCCGACUUUCGUCCUGUCAAAGCAAAGACUUCAGAGAAACCGUUCAGUGGAGCUAAGAUGAGCAACAAGUUUUUCUGUGGCAUCACGAAGGAGAGCCAGUUUCCAUCAGCGGCCAUGUUGGAGAACGGGGUUGUAUCUGGAGCCAAGAUGGCCGCUCAGGUUUUCUCUGGAGUGAAAAUAGAGGAGCACUUUCUGUUUGGAGCCAAGAUGGAGGACGAGUGUCUCAGAGCGGUCCUGUGGCAGGACAUGUCCGUCAACCUGGCCUCUACGCUACUGCAUCAGCUCUCCGAGAAGGUCAGUAAGUCCAGCUGUCAGCAGGUGGAGAGGAUGGCUCCACCCAUCAGAAGCAGUCCUGCUCUGAAGAUCAACAUGGACCACGUCUCUUCCUCCCCACAGUCCAGCCUCAGAGAAACUCCACCUGAAACGCAACCCAACAUCGUUAGAGAUCAAACCUCGGGUUCUUCUUACUUCUUCAGGUGUCACGUGUGCGGCUUUGAGACGGAGGGCCACGCCCUUUUCAAGAGUCACAUGACGGAGCACCGCCAAUGGGAACACAGCUCCUUCUCGCUGCACUGUUGCAGGUGCGACCAUUCGACCAAUCAGGAGGCAGAGAUGAUGGCCCACGUGGACACGCACAUACACGGCAAGACGGGAGAAAUGAGACGGCCGGCCCGUCUCCCCGCCGCCCCCAGCCGAGCUCUGCCGGUCGCCGUGGCAACGCCUCCGGAGCAGAGCACCUCUGAGCAUCGCUGCCGCAUCUGCCAGAGGUCGUUUCCCGGGCAACCGGAGCUGCUGGCCCACUUCCAGGGUCAUCGCCAGGGCAACCAGUACCGAUGCGACCGCUGCGGCCACCUGACGCGGACGGCCAACAAGCUGGUGGAGCACGUGCGCGUCCACACGGGCGAGCGGCCGUUCACCUGCGGCCUCUGCCCCUACAGCGCCAAGCGGCGGGACAGUCUGCGGCUGCACUGCAAGGUGAAGCACGCUAACGCCAGCGCUAACGCCAGCGCUCACACGCCGAUGUGCACACGCACCGGACCUACGCCCCCCACGGAGACGGCCAGCGCUCCAGCAAACACGUCCGGCGGCUGCACACCGCCUCCUCUCUUCCUCGCCCCGCUGCUCCUCCUCUUCCUCUGCUGCAGCCGCUGCUCUCCGACUGCACAGGGUGGAGGGAUUUAUCUCCUCUGCUCCCCAUCACAACGCUCAUCUCUCUGA